AUGUUGGUAGACAAGUUCCUCAACAUCCCCAUUCAAGUGAUUCAAUUCUCAACCUCAUCCAGAGUUGAAGUAGACUACACUUCCGACGCCAACAUCCUGAAGAAAGCCAUCUCUAAAAUGAAGAUGAUAGGCGCUGGUACCAACAUGAAAGAUGCUUUUAAGGUUUUAAGGGAUAAUCUUGUUAGAAACUCUCUAACAAAGUCUACUAAUCCAAUUGUUAUCUUCAUCACUGAUGGAACUGCCGAUAAUGACCCAACUGCAGAGGCAAAGGCACUGAUGAGCCUUGUACCAGCUCCGAAAGUUGUUGCCUUGGCAGUUGGAGCUAGUGCCAAUCAGGGCAAGUUAAGUGCUAUCUUCCCUGGCCAGUAUGUCUACCCAAUCAGCGACUUUGGAAUGCUUGAUAGCCUGUUGAAGAACCUGACAGUGGCACAAAAGACCAAGUCCUGUAUCAAGAUGUAUAUGUUUCCAGCCAACAAGGAUUUACAAACCUCCAAGGACAACCUGACCAUCGACUUCUCGGUGGAGCCAGAGGAUCCAAUGAAAGUCAUCCCGAUUGGAUCAACAAUCUCGUUCCCUUCCAACAACUACUUCAGCGCCGAGUCGAUAACACUUAAAGAGGCUGCUUUCCAGAGACGACCUGUGAAGGCCAGUGUCACCCUGGAGGUGAAACCAGCGGCGCGGGCCUUUGGCCAAUUUCCAUCGGUUAUCUCUUUUGAGUGCCAUAUCAAUGGCUCCACCAAGGUCUACAAAGGUACUUGCCAGUUUCUCAUUGGAUACCUGGCUGGGGACUUUAUUUACAAGAAGAACCCCAAGCAUCCUAUUAACAUUCUUGUCUGGGGACCAAUGGGCUCGGGAAAGAGCUCCCUGAUCAAUGGAAUCAUCGCCAUGUUUAGCCACCAAUACAAGGUCAAGAAGAUCCUCAAGAUCUCCAGGAGACAUGACCAUGUCACCAAGGACUACAUGUGUCACAGGAUUGCAGACUUUGCAGAUACAUCUGAGCCACUCGGAGCACUGAUUGCCGACAACAUAAAACUGAACUUCUGGGACCCAUGGGGCCUGACCACGUCCAACUACCAGAAUUUGAAGCUGAUGCACUUCCUCGAGGGUCGCGUGCCAAAGGAUCAGCCAAUGAACGAUUCUUUCAGCCAUCAUCCGGUCAUUGAGGACCAAGUGACCCAUGCCGUUGUGUUCAUGAUUCCACUAGGUACUGCACUGCAGAAACCACUACUUGACAACCUGUCCAAGCUGAUCGAUACCACCCAAGACUUUGGCAUCCGUCCAGUGGUAGUGGUCAACUUUGCAAACCAGAUGCAGAACCAGGCCGAGGUGGAGAAGCAGUUCAAGAUUAUCCUGGAUGCCAGUCAUCUCUCCAAGGACGACGUGAUCAUGAUGGACAACUAUGAGGACGAGCCCUACCGCAUCCAACAGAAGGAUCUCCAAUAUUGGUCACUUGUGGGGAAGUUGUUUGAAGAGGCCACCAAGAACAUCAAGUUGCGUCCAAUGAAACCUGUCACAUCGUCACAAUGCUCAGGUGUUGGACCGUUGGCCCCUGACCUCGCCGCGCUCAACAUCUGCGAAUCUCUAUGUCGAACGACGUCGUGUGCCAACUUCAACAAGGGUGUGACGACGCCUUGCUGCGCAUACUGUGGCAACCCACCAGUGGACAUGAGAGCCAGCGCCAUGGUGUGCGGAGAGCCAUCCUGCGUCGACGUUGGCAAGGCAGUCAACACACCUCGUUGUGGACAGUGUGGCAAGCCUGCCGUCAACAAGAGCGCAGAACGUGUCUGCAGCUCAUCCAGUUGUGUCAACCGUGGAAAGACUGUUCAGGGCAACUUCUGUGGCCACUGUGGCGCACCUCCAUCGUCGGAAUCCCCGUCGGCCAGUCCAAUCAAGAAGAACCUCUGUCCAUCUACUACGUGCCCUAACGGCGGCCAGGAGAUUCCAAAGGGAUUCAACUACUGUGCCAUGUGUGGUGCGCUACCAAGUAACUAG